AUGGCCCAGUACUCCUUCACCGUCACUGCCACUGACGGGAGCCCCAAGCCUCUGUCCACCAGCACAAGAGUCACUGUACUGGUCAAGGACUACAACGACAACCCUCCAGUGUUCACCAAAGACACUUACGUCACUGGUGUGCCUGAGGACACCGCCACGGGCACGGCGGUGGUGGAGCUCAGCGUGACGGACGCCGACGAGUCUGUGGCCGAACUUGACUUCUUCAUCACCGGCGGCGACCCUGGCGGCCAAUUCCUGGUGCACGCCUCAGGGGAGGUGUACGUGGCCGGUGAGCUGGACCGGGAGAGGCAGGCCAAGUACACCCUCACCCUCACCGUCACCGACGGGAAGUUUACGGCCAACACGACUGUUACUGUGACAGUCAUUGACAUCAACGACAACGGUCUGGUGUGCAAGGAGCCAAUCUACCGUCGGGAGAUCUCUGAGGAUGCCACCCCAGGCACCCAGGUGGCCUCUGUUGUGUCCUGGGAUGCCGAUGAAGGCACUGCUGCCUGGAGCCGCUACAUUCUCACCGGGGACAGCGCCCACCACUUCAGUAUUGACCAGCUGAAUGGCCAUGUGGCCACAGCCACCCAGCUGGACAGAGAGGCACGGGACCACUACCACCUCACUGUUUAAUCGCACUCUAUAUGAAGCUUACGUGGAGGAAAAUUCAUCUCCUGGCCAGCUAGUCAUCAACCUGGUGGCCACGGACCUUGAUGCCUGGGACCUGGGCAAGCUGCAGUACACCAUCCUGCACCA